CCUCUCACUGAUGCGGAAGUGAAAAGUGUACGUGGGGAAGAAAGGUUGGUCUGACCGCGUUUACACACCAACAGCACCGAUGUCCAAUCCAGGUUAGCUCCGUCCCAGUGUCGAACCACUCUUCCUCCCCGCCCCUCCAGGCAGAUGGAAGCGCUGAGCCGCCGCCGGGCCGUAUAAAUGGAACCGGGAGCCGCCGACAGCCUGUAAUGCUGCGCCGGGCUCGGCGGUCUCUCCGGCAGGUGCUGUUUCUGAUGGCCCGGAGACCGGGUGUUCUCUGCGGGGCUAUCGUGCUCGGCGUCCUGCUCGUACUGGCCGUCAAGUUCACAUGCAGCCGUGCUAAGAAUGUGGUGGCAGCAGCUCGGCCUCCUGUGCGGUUCUUCUCUGCCGAGGCCCCAGUAGUGGACCUUUACUUGGGUCAGCUGGACCAGGUGGAGCGUCUCAGGAGUGUGGCAGAGGUGUCUCUUAUCUUUUUCUAUGCACCCUGGUGUGCUCACUCUAUGGCUGCCAGGCAGGAGGUGCAGCAGGUAGCUAAGAAGCUGGCCAAACAGGUGCAGUUUUUGGCCGUUAACUGUUGGUGGAGUCUGGGGAAAUGCAGGAAGCAGAACCGUUUCUACCAGUACCCCAUCAUCCAUCUGUUUUAUAGAAGGUUUGGGCCCAUUGAGUACAAAGGUCCAUUCGUGGCUCCAUAUGUGGAAAACUUCAUCCUCCGAGUCAUCACACCGCUCACUUACCUCCCAUCUAGAGCCACGCUCGAGGAGUUCCUCUCCUACCACGAGUCUCGAGUGGUGGGGUUCUUUCAGUUUAACUCCUCUCCUCAGCCGCCAGGAUACGUCACAUUUCUGUCCUCCGCCCUGCAGGCCCUGAAGAGAGAUUUCCGUGGUGCUAUACGUUUUGGGGUCGUGACCAACAAACAGGUUGCGGAGGCCAUUUCACUUAAAGAGGAUGAGACGGUUUAUCUUUACAGAAGAUUAAACUCCUCUUUGAUUUUCCCACGAAGGGAACGUAACUUCACAUCAGAGGCCAUCUGUAGCUGGGUGUUCGAACACCGUGAGACCGUCCUCCACUGGCUGCAGCCUCCGGGAACAAAGUCCCGCAUCUUGCAGCAGGAGCUCAGCAAAGGUCCGGCACUGCUGCUGUUCCUGCCACACAAUCCUCUCGCCGUACAGCCUAGUCCAAUUCUACAGCAGGUUGCAGACAUCGCUGUGCGCUAUCAUUCCUGUGACCACAAUAACCACUCCAACUUGGACAAAAGUUUCACCUCCCACUCGCCAUGCUGCCAGUCAGUUCUUCUGUCCGAGUCCAGCUCCAGUGUUUGCGAGGUGUGCCUCAGCCUGUCACAGCUGAGCCUGACCAGCUCCUCUGCGCGCUGCUCCUUCCCCUUAAUGGCUCAGGAAGGAGAUUUGUUGCAGCCUUAUCUCAGACACUGCUGCCUGCACCAACUACCUUCCCCCUUAUCCAUCAAAGACUCCCUUCCUUGCAUCAACUUUUUAGACAGCUACAGCCCGUUCAGUCGCUACAGUGCCUGCUGCAGAACAGUAGAACCUCAACUCAACAACGAAUCACAAGCCAAAGAGGAGCCAGACGUUCAAAGAGUUCCCCUCAUGCCUCAUUCCACGUCCGUCCCUCUGCAGGAAGGAGACGGCAUCACAGGGCUCUGGUGUCAGACAAACAGGACGCUCAGGUUUUAUGUUCUGGAUGUCGCUCUGAACUGGCCUCUGGCGGUGAGGCUUGGAGCAACACGCAACAGAAGUGCUUCUCUUCAUCAGGGGACUGGUGCACAGGGCGGCAGGAGCAGUGAUGGGUCGUUUGCAGCUAUUGUGAACCUGAAGGAUGAGGCUCAUUAUGUUCUCCAUCGUAGGCCAGAAGACACUCUGACUGAAUCUCUGGAGGCCUUCAUCAGGAACUUCAGUGCACCUUACAGCCUGCUGCAGAGACAUCUGGUGGGAGAAGACGAAGAGCAGCACCAGAAGCAAACAAGCAGACCCCUCCUCAUCACAGAACUGACCACUUCCUCCUUCCUGCCCUCCGUCAUGGACCUCCAAAAGGAUGUUCUGCUGUUCUACUACACUCAGUGGUGUGGUUUCUGCUCUUCUCUCAACCACAUCAUCAUCCAGCUGGCCAGAUUACUGCAGGGAAACAGCAGCAUCACUGUGGCCAGGGUGAAUGUUGCACGUAAUGAUCUACCGUGGGAGUUCAUGGUGGAUCACGUUCCCUCCAUUCUCCUCUUUCCCAAGUACAGGAAACAAUUCAGCGUGAAGUUUCCUGACGAUCUGCCCAUCACUCUUCCAAACCUUCUGCGCUUCCUGCUGCAGCACUCCGGCUCAGUGCAGUACGCAGACAAACCGGUGACCGCUCCCAGUGAAGCCGCGGGUCCUGGAGCGAACGCCGUCCUCCGAGCAGAGUUUCUGGCUCUCCAGCGCGAGGUCCAAGCGCUUCAUCACGCUCGCGAACGUCUCUCUCAACAGCUGGCGCAGCUGUGGCGGGAGAACCGCAGACUGACAUUUGAUGUCCACAGCUUGGAAGCGCAGAACGCAGAGCUGCAGCGGGAGAGGCUGAGCUUAGAGGAGCAGCACCGGGAGAAGAGCCGGCAGCUCGGGGAGGCAGUGAGGCGACUUCAGGAGCUGGCUGAAACCUCUGAAAGCCUGCUGAAUGAGAACACUCUGCUCAGGGUCCUGCUGAGGGCGCUGAAGGACAGGACGGAGGCCAGAGAGCAGGAAGAGGUGGAGAGGACAGAGGCAGAACAGAAAAGCGCCACAUGGCCUCAUGACAUCAAGUCUGCAGGGAAUCCUGAGCCUGAUGCAGAGAGGAGAGACGGCCAGGGAGGGAAAGGAGAGCUGAACGGUUGAGGGCUGUAUCAUACCUGAGAUGAGGUUAAAAUGAGGCCUUUGUAGAACCCACAGCCUUGUCAUUGAGGAAGAAGUGACAGCUUCCAUCUGUCAGAAGAAUUACUGAAACUGCUGCUAAGUAUGGAAACAAGUGAGGAAACAACUGAAAGACAACAAAGGAGGCAAAGUAGCAAGGGUAGACAUAACACUCUGAAGUGCUGUGAUUACAGUGGGCUUAUCCACACAGAGGAACACACUAGUACGGGAAUUAAGUGCCAACUGUCCAAUCCAAACACCUCAUUUCUGAUGCUGUGCUUGCAAAAAAAAGUAAUAUCUGUUGAAUUGUGAAGACUUAACCUGAGUUAAACGUACUACACAGACCCUGCAGCCAAACUUUCUACUCAUCCCCACUGUGCAUGACAUUAACAAAUAAAGGCUGAGUGAAAACACAACUACUACUUACAUAAUAAAUUCAGUAUAAUGUA